AUGCUUCGAGAUGGCGAGGCCAGCUCACACGAAUCAUCUGUAAACUACGACCGUGAGCUGGAUGCUAUUCUGGAAAGGUACGAAGAAGCGGCCAAGAACGAGGACCAUUAUCUGCUCAGCUCACACGAAUCAUCUGUAAACUACGACCGUGAGCUGGAUGCUAUUCUGGAAAGGUACGAAGAAGCGGCCAAGAACGAGGACCAUUAUCUGCUGUACACGCAGUUUCCAAAUGGAUCAUACCAAAUUGGAUGCGGUCUAAGCCCAGCGAGAUCAUUUACUCCUGCUGUAAUUGUGUGGAACUCAUCACGGUUGAAACUAUCUUUCAGUUCCUAUGAGUGGGAACAAUUAAUCACCCAGCUCAAUGUGGUAACGGUGAAGGAGACGGAGGAGGACGAGGAGGAGAAGAACCUUCCUGACAAGUAUGAUCCUGUCGAAAUCGAGUGCGGUGACUAUUGCAGAAUUCGACGACUAAUCUAUGAUAGUACGAAAAUUCUCGAAAUAACCAAGCACAACAUUAGUUUCUACCUCUCAGAAAUGGACGUGAACGCUCUUUUAGAAGCAAAUAAUGAACUUUUAGUACCGUAUAUGUCUAUGCUAGAAACUGUUGAAUUUCCAAGCUAUUAUUAUAAUGCGCUUAAGAUUGUUCGAGCUAGUUUUAAUGAUCAAAAUUAUACGUUUUCAGAUGCUAUUCAAAAAUUGUAUACAUUUAAGCUCGUAGGCUGUACUUUACAACAUAUAGCGUUAGGACAACAUAUAUUUUUCUAUAGACAUAGGAUCGCUAAUGAUCUUGAACGAUUUUAA